AUGAUGAUGCUGAACGCGUCGGCCGCUCGUAAACUCACGAAUUUACAACUGGGGCUCAGGCCCGGCGGCGUAUACGGAAUAAUCGGUGCGCCUGUUUACAGCGGGCCCUCUACGAGCGGCGCGGUCCACGUGACUUUUACGAGCGCUCAAGUGGUUGUAAAAAUCGUGUUUACGGCGCGUGCCCUGCGCCGGCGCCGCGCCAUCUGUCGCCUGAAUGCGAAUGAGCUCUUAGAUGGCCCGCGCGAUUGCGAUCCUAUCGGUUGGGGGUUUCUCGCGAUUUCCGCACGAUUUACA